AUGGUCUCCGAAUCCGUCGAUUUGCCUCUAGUCAUCGACGACAUGCAGCUCGAGGCCGAUGCGAUGGCCUGGGAGUUCGUACCGUUGACGCAGGCAGCUGCUCAAGUCGCCCUGGACGCCGUCCGAUACCAAAGUAACUACCUUCGGACCGUAACCACACGACUCUGUCUUCACUCCAUCAGCACCAUUCGAAAGCGUGUGAGCAGCAGUAUAACGAGCUACCUCUUCUCAGUCGAUGGUUGCGAGCUCUCACUAGUAAACCCCACUGGACGUUGCGAUAUCUACUUCUGUCGACCGUACACGUACGAGUUGCAACUGGUCCAGAAAGCGAUUGAAAGUGAUAUCUUCGUGGUGCAGUCGAUUUACAAGACACUUGAUCAGAAAUCGUUGGAAGAGUUACGACUAGAAGCCAGCAACUUGGACUUCUCGACAAUGGUAGAGUCGAUCUUCUAUCCAUACGAGAUCCCGCUUCAUACCGAGCAGCCCAUUGUCAGGCAAGCCGUCGCUAAUGCAGAACCGGAAAGCCCGAUCCUCAACGAGGAUCCGGUCAAUUCGUUUUCUCAUCUGAAAAAACUGUGGAAAUCACAACCGAUUCCAACGCAAGAAGACACGAUCUCUCCUCUGUCGCUUCGCGUUGAGCCAGCGUCAAUAGUAGCAGCGCACACCGAAAACAUCGAAGCUUCCAGGACUGCUACUGUGAUUGCAAUUAUCGGGAUCGCAACAGUGGCAAUCUCCACGAUCGCUUUUGUGGUCGCGUUGCUAGUAGUUCGAUGGCGUGGACGAGUAAACGCAACAGAGCUCGCUCUAAGCGAAGAGUAUCCACCGUUGAGCGGGGUGCCCAAAUCCACCGAGGGAACAGUCUCUACCUCUAGCACUCAGAGCGUUGCGUCCGACACGAAGCCUGAGAUUGAGCGGAUAACUGGUUUCUUAAUCUGA